ACUGUUGAAUUCCUUUGGAGAGUUCUAGAAGAAGCAGAUUUCUGUCUCGGAGCCAAAUUUCUUAUUUCAUCAUCAAAGUUUCCGAUGGAAAACGGGUAAGGAACAAUAUGAAAUUCAAUUUAGAAAGAAGGAGGUGGUGAUAAUAGGUAAAGUCUGCAGGUUUUUUUUUACUGAUGGUAACUGGUUUGAGAAAAUUUAAUGUGAAAUUAGCAUUGAAAUUUGUUACCUACUCCAAUUAGGAUUUGUAGACUGCAAAAAAUCCUUCUGAAGUUUUCACCUAUAAAUUUAUAUCAAGAUAAUUUCAGAAUGUCCAGCAAGGAAGUGAAGACUGCUCUAAAAAGUGCUAGAGAUGCAAUCAGAAACAAAGAAUACAAAGAAGCUUUGAAACAUUGUAAGACAGUGUUAAAACAAGAGAAAAAUAACUAUAAUGCCUGGGUUUUUAUUGGUGUUGCCGCAGCUGAGCUAGAACAACCUGAUCAGGCCCAGGGUGCCUAUAAGAAAGCUGCUGAACUAGAGCCAGACCAGUUACUAGCUUGGCAGGGGUUAGCAAGCUUGUAUGAGAAAUGCAAUCACAUAAAUGCUAAGGAUGACUUACCUGGUGUUUACCAAAAGCUUCUGGAUCUUUAUGAAAGUGUUGACAAACAGAAGUGGUGUGAUGUCUGUAAGAAACUUGUGGAUCUGUAUUACCAAGAAAAGAAACACCUAGAGGUGGCUCGAACGUGGCACAAAUUGAUAAAGACACGGCAGGAAGAAGGUGCAGACAACCAAGAGCUUCAUCAACUAUGGAGGAAAUUGACUCAGUUGCUGGCUGAGAGUACUGAGGAUCAGAAUAAUGAAACUCAGCAAUUGCUUUUAACUGCUUUUGAGAAUGCACUGGACUUAUCAGAUAAGAUUCCUAGUGAAGAUCACCAAGUACUUUAUAGGCAUUUCAUUCAGUGUUUAUCCAAAUUUCCUCAUGAGACUGCUAGGCUGAAGAAGGCCUGUGAAGGAAUGAUAAACAUCUAUCCCACUGUACAGUAUCCAUUAGAAGUGCUUUGUUUGCAUUUAAUUGAAUCAGGAAGUCUUACUGAUGAAGGACAGCAGUUUUGUUGUAGACUGGUGGAAAUGGAUCCAAAAAGUGGUCCAGGCCUCAUUGGCUUAGGUGUUAAAGCAUUGCAAGACAAAAAGUAUGAAGAUGCUGUUAGGAACCUAACAGAAGGGUUAAAAGAAAGCCCCCUAUGCACAACUGGAUGGUAUCAUCUAGCAGAAGCCCAAGUCAAAAUGCAUAGACCUAAAGAAGCUGUUUUUUCAUGCAGUCAAGCUCUGAAGAACAUAGAUAAUCUGGGUGUGUCUGGUAGCAGUCUUCAUCAGAAGAAUCUUUGUCUUCGUUUGAAAGCAGAAGCUUUGAUUAAACUCUUAGAUUAUGAAUCUUCAGAGGAAGCACUUCGAACUCUUGAUCAGGUUUCUGAUGCAGAUAAUAUCCCUGGACUUUUGGUUCUUAAAAGCUUGGCCUAUGUGAACAAAGGCUCAUUAGAUGAAGCUACAAAGAUUGUGGAAGACCUUCUCUCUUCUUACCCUGACCUAGCUGAAGCUCAUGCCCUCGAGGGAUUGAUUCAUUUUACCAAAAAGGACUAUCUACAAGCAGAAAAAUGUUUUCAGAGAGCACUUGAGAAAGAUGCUGAAGUUGCUGAAUAUCAAUACCAACUUGGGUUAACAUACUGGUUUAUGGGUGAAGAGACAAGAAAAGAUAAAACCAAGGCUCUUACCCACUUUCUGAAGGCUGCAAGACUGGAUACAUAUAUGGGCAAAGUAUUCUGCUAUUUGGGUCAUUAUUACAGAGAUGUAGUGGGAGAUAAAAACAGAGCCCGUGGAUGUUAUAGGAAAGCUUUUGAAUUAGAUGACACUGACGUGGAAUCUGGUGCUGCAGCAGUUGACCUAAGUGUGGAGCUUGAAGAUACGGAAACUGCCUUAGCCAUCCUAACAACAGUAACUCAGAAGGCAAGUGCUGGAACAGCAAAAUGGGCUUGGCUCAGGCGAGGACUGUACUAUUUGAAAGCUGGUCAACAUUCUCAAGCAGUGGCUGAUUUACAGGCAGCAUUAAGGGCAGACCCAAAGGAUUUCAAUUGUUGGGAAUCAUUAGGAGAGGCGUACUUAAGCAGAGGUGGCUAUACAACAGCCUUGAAAUCCUUCACAAAAGCCAGUGAGCUGAACCCAGAAUCCACAUACAGUGUGUUUAAGGUUGCAGCAAUACAGCAAAUCCUAGGCAAAUACAAGGAGGCUGUAGCACAGUACCAGCUGAUCAUUAACAAGACAGCGGAUUACGUGCCUGCUUUGAAAGGUUUGGGUGAAUGCUAUCUUAUGAUGGCAAAAGCAGCUCUAGUUGACUAUCUUGAUGGGAAAGCUGUAGACUACAUAGAAAAAGCACUGGAAUAUUUUACGUGGGCUCUGCAGCGUCGAGCUGAUGCAUCCUGCCUUUGGAAGCUAGUUGGGGAUGCUUGCACCAGUUUGUAUGCUGUCUCACCAUCUAAAGUGAAUGUUAAUGUUUUAGGAGUCCUUCUAGGUCAAAAAAAAGGAAAAACAUUAAAGAAAAAUGAGCUCCUCCGUCUUGGAGCAAGGUGUUAUGGUCGUGCAUUAAAACUGAUGUCUAUAUCUAAUACAUGGUGUGAUCUUGGAAUUAAUUAUUAUCGCCAAGCCCAACAUCUAGCAGAAACAGGCAGUGACAUGAGUGAUCUUAAAGAGUUGCUGGAGAAAUCUUUACAUUGUCUGAAAAAAGCAGUGAGACUCGACAGUAAUAAUCACUUAUACUGGAAUGCUCUUGGUGUGGUUGCGUGUUACAGUGGUAUUGGAAAUUAUGCCCUUGCUCAGCACUGUUUCAUCAAAUCAAUCCAGUCAGAACAAAUUAAUCCUGUUGCAUGGACCAACUUGGGAGUGUUAUACCUUGCAAGUGAAAACAUUGAGCAAGCUCAUGAAGCUUUCAAAAUGGCUCAGUCCCUUGAUCCAUCUUAUUUAAUGUGCUGGAUUGGACAAGCUCUUAUUGCAGAGACAGUUGGAAGUUAUGACACCAUGGAUCUCUUCAGGCACACUACAGAACUCAGUAUGCAUACCGAGGGAGCAAUAGGUUAUGCAUAUUGGGUCUGCACAACAUUGCAAGAUAAAAGCAACAGAGAAACUGAGCUGUACAAGUACAACAUCGUCCAGAUGAAUGCUAUUCCAGCAGCACAAGUUGUUUUGAGUAAAUACAUAGAAAGAAUUCAGAAUUAUGCUCCAGCUUUCACAAUGUUGGGCUACUUAAAUGAACAUCUACAACUGAAAAAGGAGGCAGCAGAUGCAUACCAAAGGGCGAUUUUAUUGUUAAAGACUACGGAAGAUCAAGAUACUUGUAAUGUUGCAAUAAGAAAUUAUGGCAGAUUGUUAUGUUCUGUUGGUGAAUAUGAUAAAGCUAUCGAGGCCUUUAAGUCAACGCCCCUUGAAGAGUUAGAAGACAUCAUAGGUUUCGCAUUGGCUUUAUUUAUGAAGGGGCUAUAUAAAGAGAGCAGUGAAGCCUAUGAGAGAGCCUUGUCUAUUGUUGAAUCAGAGCAAGACAAAGCCCAUAUCUUGACAGCUCUGGCAAUAACAGAAUAUAAACAAGGAAAAAUGGAUGUAGCCAAGACAUUGCUAUUUAAAUGCUCUAUCUUAAAGGAACCAACCGCAGAAAGCCUUCAAGCCCUGUGUGCGCUAGGGUUGGCAAUGCAAGAUGCUACACUGUCAAAAGCAGCACUUAAUGAGUUACUAAAGCACAUCAAACACAAAGACAAUGAUUAUCAGAGGUGCCUUCUUACUGCAGCAAUUUAUGCACUCCAAGGCCGCAGUGUGGCAGUGCAAAGACAAACAUCUAAAGCUGUUCAUAGUAAUCCGGGUGACCCUGCUCUUUGGUCUCUCUUGUCCCGAGUUGUUGCUCAAUAUGCUCAACGAAAUGCAAAGGGAGGCGCUGUAGCAGGAAAUGUGGCUCAUAUUCUGGACUCAAAUUAUGGGAAGAAGGCAUUACUGUAUACUGCAGUAAAUCAGUUGGCAAUGGGAAGCAGUUCAGCAGAAGAUGAAAAGAAUAUUGCACUAAAGACCAUUCAGAAGGCAGCACUCCUUUCUCCAGGUGACCCUGCUAUCUGGGCCGGGCUAAUGGCAGCCUGUCAUGCUGAUCAUAAACUGGCUCUAGUGAACAACUCUCAGCCAAAGAGGAUAGAUUUGUACUUGGCAUUGUUAUCUGCUGUUUCUGCUUCAAUUAAAGACAAAGAAUUCUUUGAAAAUUACAACCACUCUCUUGAAAUGUGGUCUCUCUCACAAGCUGUCACUGGUCUAUUAGAUACUGGAAGAAUAUCUGAAGCUGAGGCUCUCUGCACAAAGAAUUUAAAAAGUAACCCUGAUCAGCCAGCUGUCAUAUUACUUUUGAGACAAAUUCAGUGUAAACCACUCCUGGAAUCACAGAAGCCACUCUCAGAUGCUGUACUUGAAGAGCUACAAAAAACAGUCAUGUCCAACUCAACCUCUGUUCCAGCUUGGCAGUGGCUGGCACAUGUGUAUCAGUCCCAAGGAAUGAUGGGUGCUGCAGAGAUGUGUUAUAGAAAGAGUCUACAAGUGGCAUCCCAACAGGGCAGUUGGAGUGGGAAACUUUCAAGUCUGUUGAAACUAGCACUACUUGCAUUGAAAGUCUGCAUGGCUAACAUUUCUGGUGAUCACUGGCCACCCUUGGUUCAAGAGGCUACAACUGAGGCCUUGAAACUUUGCUUUUGUCCACUGGCUGUUCUCUUACAAGCUUUGUUACAAUUCAACCGCAAAAUGGGGGCAAGAGAAACACGACGUCUUUUGGAGAGAGUGGUGUAUCAGCCUGGGUAUCCCAAAUCUAUUGUAUCAACUGCACGUUGGUACCUACUGAGACACUUAUAUGCCAAAGAUGACUAUGAGCUCAUUGACGUGCUGGUAAACAAUGCCAAAACUCACGGAGAUAUAAGAGCAUUGGAACUGAAUCAGAAAUUGUCUUCACAAUAAUAUUGGAUUAUUGUAUAGUAAGGAAGCAAAGAAAAAACUGUCAAAUGAAGCAGCGAAUCAAGACUUUUUCCCAAAGCAGCAUUUUUGAAAACUAUAGUUAUAAUCAUUGAUUUUUUUUUUCUUUUUUAAAUCUAAAGAAGUUUAAGUUUUUAAGUUAGGAAUGUAAUUUUCCAUUAACUCUUAAUCUGAUUUUAAUCUGAAAAAAAUCUUUGGGAAGUCCAUAAUGAAAGGAAAACCAUGAUUCCCUAAGUUGCUCAACAAUUAUUUGUAAACCAUUAUUUUCUGCAUCUUGCAUGGUGCACAGUAGGAUAUCUUGUUUUGUAAGCCCUUACAAUAAAGCCUUAAUAGCCAUUUUCUAAAUAAUAUGUAAAAGCAGAUUAGCACAAUGCAGAAUUUUCAUUUGUUAAAAAACAAAUUCAAAGACUCGUCCUAUGAAUUCUGGAGUUCAGCAGACCAACUCAUCAUAAAAUCCAUAUAAUCUUGUAACCUAUUUUGCUAGUGGUUAAUCUCAGAUUCUACUGAAGAAGCAUAAUAUAAACGUUGGUGAUUCUUAGACUCUAAUGGAUGUGAUUAUAUAAUUCAAAACACUCAGGUGUAUGGUUGCAUUUAAAAACAUUAAUGGAACAUUUUGUAAAGUAAAGCUAUCGAUAUUUAAUUGAUCAUGUAGUUUCUUCAAUUAUGAUGAAAAGACUGGAACUUUCUGAAAUAAAACAGAAAUACAG